GUAUUCGUGACGUUGAUUAAAUUCUAUCAAAAGUACAAUUCAUAAAUAUAUGAAUUUAUUCUUAAACAAAUCGGAAAAAAUCUAACUGAAAAUUGAGAACCUCUAUUGCUAUAUUGGUACCCAAUUCCAACGUCAGCAUCAAAUUCUAUCAUCCUUAUCCUUCUUCUUCGUUUUCCUUCUGCACUCUCUCUCUCUCAAUUCACAGUAGUAACAACAACACGGUGUUCAAUUUCGUAUUGCUUCGUCAAUUUCGACAGCAAGGGUGUAAAUUUCUGUGUCUGUUGAUCGAUUACUUUUUUCUGUGCUGUGCGAGGUGUUCAAAAAUGGCGUCGAUAUGCCCGCCGACGUUCCCGUCGCCGCGCACGGAUCCUAUUCAUCGUGAUUUGAACUUUUUUCAUUCGAGAUUGAACUCCUCCACGCUCAGGAAAAAAUUGCAAUCGGGAGUUUCUCUGUCUAGGGUUCCUGAAUCCCCUUUCUGCUGCCGUUGCAACGAUAGGGGAAGUGGCGGCGGUGAUGGCUCCGAUUCAGGCGCUGAGGACGCGUGGUGGUGGGACUUUGGUAUUCAGGAGACUUUUAGGAAUGCGAUUAAGCGUUUUGAUGAUUACUUGAGUUCGUUGAGGGAUCAAAGGGCGGAUGGGACGGUGGUUGUGGCGGAGAAGUGGGGGGAUGGAGAGGAGGAGUGGGAUUGGGAGAGGUGGAGGAAACAUUUUGUCGAGGUUGAUGAGCAGGAGAGCAUUGUGUCGAUUUUGAAGUCUCAGUUAGCUACUGCAAUUCAAAGGGAGGAUUAUGGAGAGGCUGCUAGGAUAAAGGUGGCAAUUGCAGCUGCUGCUAGGAGCGACACUGUUGGCAGGGUGAUGUCCCAUCUAAAGAUAUCUGUGGAGGAAGAGCGAUAUGGAGAUGCAUCUCUUAUACGUGAUCAUGCAGGGGCUGGUUUGGUUGGAUGGUGGGCUGGAACUUCAGAUGAUACUAAUGAUCCUUAUGGUCGCAUUAUACAUAUAAGCGCUGAAUAUGGAAGAUACAUUGCUAGAAGUUAUAGUCCUAGGCAGUUGGCAACAGCUUCGGUCGGUGCUCCCGUGUUUGAAGUGUACCUAAGAGACAAUAAAGAAGGUGAUUAUAAGCAGCAGGCCGUUUACUUAAAGCGCAAAGGAACUACGGAAGAUGUUUAUGUUCCAUCCUUCAAGUCAUCAGGGGGUUCUAGAAGUCUGGACUCUCUUGAUGCAAGAGAUAACAAAAGCAAGCUAUUCGAAAGAAGUUCUGAAGAUACAGAAGAUGGUGAGGAUAGGGAUGACGAUAUUGGUUUUGAUAAUAUCCUGCAAGACAUGAUUCCUGGUAUGAAAGUCAAGGUUGUGAAAGUAACAGCACCAGAGAAGGUCGACAGGGAUAUAAUAUCUAAGGUGAUCGAACAAAUAAUAGAUGAAGAGGAUGAAGAAAAGGACUAUGACAUAGAAAAUGUAGAUGUUGAAACUGAGAAUAAAAGUGAAAAUGAGGACGAGCACAGUGACACUGAUAUUAAAAAUGAAAAUGAUGACGAGCACAGUGACACUGAUCUGGAUUCUGGUAGUGAUAUAGCUGACGAAGAUGACCAACAUCAAAUCGCACUUCAGGUCGUUGUUGGUGAUGGUUUUCUCCAGAAAUUGUCUCGUGGUGCCCAUGCUAAAGACUUGCUUCGUGUUCCAGCAAGGCUAGAGAAAAAGGGACGGAUGACAUUUACAUUUACAGUGGAGGAAGAUGUUAAUGAGCUCCAACCUGUUGGAGAUGGACAGUCUGCAAAAAACAAAAGAUCUAAACUGCCAGGCCAGCGUAGCAUCGACAAUCUUAUGCUUGAUUUCGUUAAAUCCAUUGGCAAAGGGAAGAUUCCCAUGAAGGUUCUUCAAGAUGUAGGUGAACUAAUAAACCUGACACUCAAUCAAGCUCGAAACAGUCAGCCACUCUCUGGGUCCACCACAUUUAGUCGCAUUGAUGUUUCUUCGUCUUCAGAUCCACUAAAUGGUUUAUACAUUGGUGCGCAUGGGCUCUACACUUCAGAAGUUAUUCAUAUGAGGCGGAGAUUUGGCCAGUGGAAUGAGGAUGGGAGCACAAAGAAACCUUCGAAAAUUGAAUUUUAUGAGUAUGUUGAAGCUGUUAAAUUAACCGGAGAUGCUUAUGUUCCAGCUGGCCAGGUUGCGUUUCGUGCAAAAGUAGGGAAAAAGUAUCAGCUUCCACAUAAAGGGAUUAUCCCUGAAGAAUUUGGGGUGAUUGCUCGAUAUAGAGGUCAAGGAAGGUUGGCCGAGUCUGGAUUUCAGAAUCCUCGAUGGGUUGAUGGUGAACUUGUUAUAUUGGAUGGAAAGUAUAUCAAAGGAGGCCCUGUUGUUGGUUUUGUUUACUGGGCUCCUGAAUACCACUUCUUGGUAUUCUUCAAUCGACUCAGGCUGCUGGAUUGAGUACUUGUCCCAUCAAAUUCAGAUGCUAUUGUUUUUAUUUACUCGUAGUUGAGGUGGCAUUUAUGGCCCGAGCCCUCGCUCUUCAUACUCGUGGGAAGUUGGAGAAGACGAGUAAUCAGAACAAAUCCUUGUAGCUGACCCCUUUCCCGGUUAGCUAUGUGAACCGUUGCUGUAGUCGACUUGACAUUAACCGUGAUUUUUUGAGUUAUAAUGUUUACUGGAUAACAGGCUGAUCUAACUUAUACCUAGCCUGUCCAGAAUGUAUAUAUCACUUGGCUCCAUUAUGUAUAAAUCUAUUGACAUUUGGUAACAAGUUCAGCAUCCAAUGUUGUAUGGGAAUAAUAAUGCUUUGGAUUUCCCUAUAGGUUCAUAGUUUCACAGAGAGAGCAGUUUUAUUAUGUAAUCUGUGUAAACACAGAAUGUUUAUGUCACAAUCUUGUUAUUUUCUCAUGUAUGAUUGAGGCCUCAAACUUUGUCCUUGAUUCGGCAUUUGUAUUGAGAAAUGGCUCAAUAUACAUGAGUUUAUAUGAAGAGAAAUCCAUUGCUAGAUAA